AUGCCCUCUCUCUCUGUCCCCAUUCACUCGCUGACGAGCAAAACCUCAUCGCAGCACCAGCAUUGCGCGAGCUCCACCACCUCCCUGCAGCCCCUCGCCUCCUCGCUCUUCUGCGAAGAGAAGGGGGAGGAGGAAGGGUCCUUUGGACGUCAGGAGGAGGGAGAAGAUGUGAGACGUGAGGAGGAGGAGGAGGAGAAUGGGAGUUUGAGACAGGAGGAGGAGGACGAGGAGGAGGUGAAGGAGGUGGAGGAACAGGGGGAGACGUUGAGACAGCAGGAGGAGGUUCAAGAUCAUGAGACGUUAGAACAUCAAGCGGAUAAGUUGAUGUCCCACGAACAUCAAGAAGAAGAGGUGGUGGAGGAGGAGGUGGAGGAAGAGGAGGUGGAGACCUUAGACCUCCAGAAGAUCAAGGAGAUCUUCAGGCGCCGCGAAUAUCAAGACGGCGGCCGUGAGGAGGACGACGGCUCGACUGAAGGUCGACCGUCCGACGACGAUGAUGAUCACGAUGAUGAUCACGAUGAUGAGGAUGAAGAGGCGAGUGAAGAGGAGGAUGAGGAGGAGGACAUCGUGAGGUGUGGCGCCCUGAGGCCCCGUAGGCACACGCUGCCCGCCAGCGAGUUCCGGGAGCUGUGCGAGGCAGACGCCACCAGCGUCUUCGAAAUCGAGAGAGAAGCCUUCGUGUCUGUGUCUGGCGAGUGCCCCCUGCGCGAGCCGCAGCUGCGCUCGUUUCUGCGAGCGUGUCCCGAGCUCUCGCUCGGCUGGUUCGAGCAGGGACGUCUCUCUGCCUUCAUCAUCGCGUCGCGCUGGGACAAGCCACGACUGUCUCAGGAGUCGCUGGACACACACGUGCCGGGUGGCUUGUGCGCCCACAUCCACGUGCUGGCGGUGCACCGCGCCUGCCGCCAGCAGGGCAAGGGCUCCGCCCUGCUGUGGCGUUUCCUGGCACGCCUCGAGCACGGCGGCAGAAGCGGGUUUGGCGAGCCGCGACGACCCAACGCACUUUCCCCCCUGGCCACGCCCACCUCGCCCGUGACCACGCCCACUUGGCCAAGGGGCACUCCGGCGUUUCCCACGCGGGUCAGGGACAUCUCGACCACCGCCGCCACAACUGCAGUGGCUGCGGCUGUGGUUCCUCCUAGCCCUGCCGUGUACCCCAGGCGGGCGCUGCUCAUGUGCGAGCGCGAGCUGGUGGGCUUCUACGCACGCGCGGGCUUCCGGGCGCUGGGUGCCUGCGCCGUGCACGUGCCCGGGCUCGCCUUCGUCGAGAUGGAGUGGCGGGCGAGCCGUCGCGCACUCGGAGGGCGGAGGAAUAGCGGCUGGUGAUUUGGGCUGGCUGGCUGUCUGAUUGGGUGUCUGGCUGGCUCCCUCGAAGAAGAUGCUGCUGAUUGGCUGCCAACAAAAGAACUCACCUACCAGCCACCAUCACCAUUACCACCACAAUCACCACCACCCACUAUCCACCAUCAACAUUACCACCACAAUCACCACCACCCACUAUCCACCAUCACCACCCACCCACCACCACCUACUAUGACCACCACCGCAACCCACCAUAACCACCACCACCUACCACCGAAACCCACCAUUAUCAUCACCACCACCCACUAUCCACCAUCACCACCCACCCACCACCACUUACCAUGACCACCACCGCAACCCACCAUAACCACCACCCACAACCACCACCCAGCAACACCACCACCCUUUGAAAACCCAAAGCCAGACUAACUGGCAAAACGGGUCCCAAAAAUAUAAAUUAAAA